UAUAAAACCCAAACCCAGCAUUACUCACACCACAUCAGGGUCACCUGAAAUUAGUAUAACAAGCUAAAAAAAAAUGACUUAUGAUGAGGGCUCAUUUGAGGACGGGGGUCUUUUCUAUGGCUUUGAUAACUACUCAGAAUUGCUGGAGAGUCCUGACAACAGUAGCAGUGAUACUGAGUACACCUGUAAUGACGGAGCAGGUCUCCAGCUGUUUCAUACUGUGUUCCAACCCCUGGUCUACAGUCUGGUGUUCUUCCUGGGGCUGACAGGUAACGGGCUGAUGUUAACGGUGCUGCUGAAACGCCGUGGCCUCCUGCGGAUCACAGAGAUCUAUCUGUUACACCUGGGCCUGGCUGAUCUGAUGCUGCUUGCCACCUUCCCCUUCGCACUGGCACAGGUGUCCUUGGGGGUGGUGUUCGGAGACGUCCUGUGUAAACUGAUUGGGCUGAUGAACCGACUCAACUUCCUUUGUGGGAGUCUGCUCCUGGCAUGUAUCGGCUUCGACCGUUACCUGGCCAUCGUGCAUGCCAUCACCAGCCUCCAGAGCAGACGCCCCAGGAACGUACACCUCACCUGCCUGGCACUGUGGCUCGUCUGUCUGGCCUUGUCUGCUCCCAAUGCUGUGUUCCUGUCUGUAGGGGAGAGUCCCAUAGACCCGACUCAGCUCUCAUGCUUCUUCCACAGUCACGGUCUCCAUGCAAACAACUGGGAUCUGACGGAGCGGCUCCUGACCCACGUGCUGUGUUUCUUCCUGCCUCUCGGGGUCAUGACCUACUGCUACGCUGCGGUGGCGGUCACCCUGCACCAUAGCCAGAGAGGUCAGCGCAGCCUGGAGAAAGAGGGCGCCAUCAGGCUGGCUGCACUAGUCACUGCUGUGUUCUGCCUGUGCUGGCUGCCCUACAACAUCACCAUGCUGGUGAAGACCCUGGUGGAUCGGGGGUUGGACUCUGGUUUGAGCUGCCAGUCCCGGACUAGUUUGGAUAAGGCCUUGGUGGUGACAGAGAGCCUGGGGUACACACACUGCUGCCUCAACCCGCUGCUGUACGCCUUCACUGGGGUACGGUUUCGACAGGAUCUCCUGAGACUGCUGGCCCACUGAGUCUGUGGUAAAGGGGUGUACUCCGAGGGGACGGGAGUAAGACGUCAGCGUCAUUCUCUAAAGGACUCACCACAGCUAAAAUCCUCAUGUUGACCACCAGAUUUUACUGUUACAACUAAGGUGAAAAGGUGUCUUACACCUUGUUUCUUUAAAAGGAUACUGACGGUUCAUUCUGAUGUUUGAAUUAAUUAUGAGUAAAACUAUUGUAUUUUCAGCUAAGAGCUGGGGGAGGGGAGGGGGGGGUUACUGUUAGAGCUUGUGAAUCAUUAAUCAACCCUCAGUAUGACUAACCUCUCUCUAUGGGGUUGUGGAUCAAUAAUCAACCCCCAGUAUGACUAACCUCUCUAUGGGGUUGUGGAUCAAUAAUCAACCCUCAGUAUGACUAACCUCUCUCUAUGGGGUUGUGGAUCAAUAAUCAACCCUCAGUAUGACUAACCUCUUUAUGGGGUUGUGGAUCAAUAAUCAACCCUCAGUAUGACUAACCUCUUUAUGGGGUUGUGGAUCAAUAAUCAACCCCCAGUAUGACUAACCUCUCUAUGGGGUUGUGGAUCAAUAAUCAACCCUCAGUAUGACUAACCUCUCUCUAUGGGGUUGUGGAUCAAUAAUCAACCCUCAGUAUGACUAACCUCUUUAUGGGGUUGUGGAUCAAUAAUCAACCCUCAGUAUGACUAACCUCUUUAUGGGGUUGUGGAUCAAUAAUCAACCCCCAGUAUGACUAACCUCUCUAUGGGGUUGUGGAUCAAUAAUCAACCCUCAGUAUGACUAACCUCUCUCUAUGGGGUUGUGGAUCAAUAAUCAACCCUCAGUAUGACUAACCUCUUUAUGGGGUUGUGGAUCAAUAAUCAACCCUCAGUAUGACUAACCUCUUUAUGGGGUUGUGGAUCAAUAAUCAACCCUCAGUAUGACUAACCUCUUUAUGGGGUUGUGGAUCAUUAAUCAACCCUCAGUAUGACUAACCUCUCUCUAUGGGGUUGUGGAUCAAUAAUCAACCCUCAAUAUGUCUAACCUCUCUUUAUGGGGUUGUGGAUCAAUCAUCAACCCUCAGUAUGUCUAACCUCUCUAUGGGGUUGUGGAUCAAUAAUCAACCCCCAGUAUGACUAACCUCUCUAUGGGGUUGUGGAUCAAUAAUCAACCCUCAGUAUGUCUAACCUCUCUUUAUGGGGUUGUGGAUCAAUAAUCAACCCUCAGUAUGUCUAAUCUCUCUUUAUGGGGUUGUGGAUCAAUAAUCAACCCUCGGUAUGACUAACCUCUUUAUGGGGUUGCGGAUCAAUAAUCAACCCUCGGUACGUCUAACCUCUCUUUAUGGGGUUGUGGAUCAAUAAUCAACCCUCAGUAUGUCUAACCUCUUUAUGGGGUUGUGGAUCAAUAAUCAACCCUCAGUAUGACUAACCUCUCUAUGGGGUUGUGGAUCAAUAAUCAACCCUCAGUAUGACUAACCUCUCUCUAUGGGGUUGUGGAUCAAUAAUCAACCCCCAGUAUGACUAACCUCUCUAUGGGGUUGUGGAUCAAUAAUCAACCCUCAGUAUGACUAACCUCUCUAUGGGGUUGUGGAUCAAUAAUCAACCCUCAGUAUGACUAACCUCUCUCUAUGGGGUUGUGGAUCAAUAAUCAAGCCUCAGUAUGACUAACCUCUCUUUAUGGGGUUGUGGAUCAAUAAUCAACCCUCAGUAUGUCUAACCUCUUUAUGGGGUUGUGGAUCAAUAAUCAACCCUCAGUAUGACUAACCUCUCUAUGGGGUUGUGGAUCAAUAAUCAACCCUCAGUAUGACUAACCUCUCUGGGGUUGUGACAACAUAUUCACCUGCUUGUGCAAGCCUCAUGUAUAUACUGACAUACGGAGUCUUCCUUGAUGGCAAUAACCCAAUGUUCGACAAACGCUUGUGCUUAUAAACGUCUAUUUGUGUUCUGGAUAGUUUAUAAAUGUCUAGUUCUGUUCUGGGUAGUUUAUAAAUGUCUAGUUGUGUUCUGGAUAGUUUAUAAAUGUCUAGUUGUGUUCUGGGUAGUUUAUAAAUGUCUAGUUGUGUUCUGGAUAGUUUAUAAACGUCUAGUUGUGUUCUGGAUAGUUUAUAAAUGUCUAGUUGUGUUCUGGAUAGUUUAUAAACGUCUAGUUGUGUUCUGGAUAGUUUAUAAACGUCUAGUUGUGUUCUGGAUAGUUUAUAAACGUCUAGUUGUGUUCUGGAUAGUUUAUAAACGUCUAUUUGUGUUCUGGAUAGUUUAUAAACGUCUAGUUGUGUUCUGGAUAGUUUAUAAACGUCUAGUUGUGUUCUGGAUAGUUUAUAAACGUCUAGUUGUGUUCUGGAUAGUUUAUAAACGUCUAGUUGUGUUCUGGAUAGUUUAUAAACGUCUAUUUGUGUUCUGGAUAGUUUAUAAACGUCUAGUUGUGUUCUGGAUAGUUUAUAAACGUCUAGUUGUGUUCUGGAUAGUUUAUAAACGUCUAGUUGUGUUCUGGAUAGUUUAUAAACGUCUAGUUGUGUUCUGGAUAGUUUAUAAACGUCUAGUUGUGUUCUGGAUAGUUUAUAAACGUCUAGUUGUGUUCUGGAUAGUUUAUAAAUGUCUAGUUGUGUUCUGGAUAGUUUAUAAACGUCUAGUUGUGUUCUGGAUAGUAUAUAAACGUCUAGUUGUGUUCUGGAUAGUUUAUAAACGUCUAGUUGUGUUCUGGAUAGUUUAUAAACGUCUAGUUGUGUUCUGGAUAGUUUAUAAAAGUUUGAAAGUGUAAUAUUGUUCUUUAGCCAAUAGGCCUUUAGCCAAUAGGCCUUUAGCCAAUAGGCCUUUAGCCAAUAGGCCUGCAUUGCCAAUUAUUGACUAUAUGUGAAAUGUAUUGAAUUAAAAAAUAUAUAUAAAUA